AUGGCUUCAAGUAUUAAGGAAAUGAGAAAAAAGGGAAAGCAGGUGGUAGAGAGAGAAAGAUUCCCAGAAACGAAGCACUGGAAAAAAGAAUUAAAGCAAGGAGCCAAACCAGACCUGCAAUACAGCCAUAUGAUAUGGCUGAAGAAAACCUGUCUACACAUGUGUUACCAGCUCCCAAGCAGCAGUGACAGUGGAACACUUUUGCGAUUCAUCUUCAGUACAUCUUUUCUGUUUUAUGUCCAGAAAGAUUGGGGUUUGAGUCCCUUUUUCCCAAAAGGCCUAUCGCAAACUAAAAUUGUUGCGGACUGUCGUGUUAUUUUGGAACAUGCACACAUAUGUAGUGGGGCUGAGCAGCAGUCUCUGGGCACACUGAUCUGGAUUUCUCUCUCUUGGGGUAAAUGGUGCCAUGGAAGGCUGAGACCUUCUGCUUGUCAUUGGAUUCCUGGGGUCCCUGUCCUGCUGGUUCCCUGCGGCCACAAGUCUGGGCCCCUGCUCCAAUUUCCCCCAGAACGACUCCUCCAAACAGAUUCCCGGUCCUCUGGAUGGAGACUCAUUGCUGGGAUACUGGGGAUACUGUGUCUUGGGCUGGUGGCUACAGUGACACCUCUGGCUUUCGAGACACUGUCCAACCAAGAACCGAACAAUACUUCCUCAUCCUAUUCCAACACAACAUCUCCGAAUGAAUGUCACUGUGGUCCAUGUCCAGUCAACUGGAUGAACUAUAGGAACACCUGUUAUUUUGCUUCUGUAGAAAAUAAAACUUGGCAAGACAGCCACAAGGCCUGUGUUUCUCUGAACUCCAGUCUCGUGAAGAUCGACAGCAAGGAAGAGCUGGAUUUCUUCAAUUCACUUUAUCUCUACCACUGGAUCGGACUCAAUCGUUCCCAAAAUGCUGGGUCCUGGCAGUGGACAGAUGGCUCACUGCUCUCCUCUGGCCUGUUUGACAUUAAUCAGAAAUCUUCUGGUGGGGACUGCAUAGCAUAUGGUUCACGAACUUCAGGACACGCAGAAAACUGUACAACCGUGAAGAACUAUAUCUGUGAAUCCAGGAGAAGGUAGUCAUUUGCCAGGAAUACUUGAAAAGCAGACUGAAGAGCAUCCUGCGAGUCACAAGAAAGAGAAUCCUUAAAACAAUCUGGCUUCUCCACUUGACAGAUUCCAGUGCCUCCUUUCACCAGUAAUCAACCAAUUAAGGGUAUUUAUUGAGCACUUAGUGGGUACAGAGUACUGUUCUAAGCUCUUGGAGGAAUAUAAUGCAAUAGAAGGGGUAGACAUGAUCCCUGCUCACGAGGGUCUUACAAACUAGAGGGCAACAGCAGCUCAGCUACAAUCUUAAGUUCCCUUGGGUCUUGGAUGGAAGAAGAGGAGGUGAAGAUGCACUGUCCCCUAAAGAAGAUAAAUCCCCAACCAAUUAAUUGUGAUUUGCUUUUCGUAACACUCAUCAUCAAUCUUCUUCACUAACAGUUUGGACACAAUGGUUCCUAGUUCUUUUGUGUAAUUAAAAUGCUGGCGUAUAUGUGCACCUAAUCUCCAGCCUUUCAUUUUAAACUAUAAUUUUAGUAAAGCAGUAUGGUCUAGCGGACAGACCAUGGGCCUGGGAGUCACAAGGU